AUGAAGCUCCUUACGAAAGAAGAGGAAGACGCGCAUUAUCGUUCCGUCGUCAAAGGCGGCACCCUGGGUGGGCUGGUCGGUCUCGCCGGCGGCGCCGCAGGCGUCCUUCUCGCCGCCCGACGUUACCACACGAUCCGCAACCUGACAGUGCCAAUGAAAGCGUUCCUAAUGACCUCGUCGGGAACGUUCGUAGGCAUCGUCGCAGCCGACCACGCCUCGCGCAACUUCGAGAUGGAACGCAACGCAGACCGAGUGUGGUACGAGAACCGCGAGGAACGCCUGCGCAGCGAAGAAAUGCGCGGGCUGAGCUUUAGUGACCGGGCGGUGGCGUUUGCGCGCCGCGAGAAGUACAAGAUCGUUGGCGCCACCUGGGUCGCGUCCAUGAUCGGCUCCUUUGUGCUCGUCGGCCGCAACCCCUACCUGACCGGCCAGCAGAAGAUCGUUCAGGCCCGUGUCUAUGCCCAGGGCUUGACCCUCGGUGUGCUGUGCGCCUCUGCUGCCUUUGAGAUCUCGGACCAGCGCCGUGGUCGCGGUAUCCUCGAUGCGGCGAAGAAGGAGAAGGGCGCUGCUGCGCCUGCGGCUAAACAGGCCUCCGAACCUACUGAGUCGACUCCCUCUCAUCAGGGUGGCCAGCCACAUGAGGGCGAUCUCUGGAAGGAUAUGGUUGCUUCUGAGGAACAGCGCCUCAAAAAGAAACACCAGUCGCUUUACGAGAAACACCACGAAGAGGCUCAGUCCGAUGCCCCCGAGAACACCCAGAAGCAAUCCUCUGAGUCUUCUUCCGACGAUGCCCAGGAGUCCCAGCCCGAGCCCGAGAAGAAGUCCGAAUCGGAGAAGAAGCCCGAGCCCGAGAACAAAAAGCAGGCGUAA